AUGUCGUCCGUCUACCACCGAAACCCAAGCAUGACUGAUGAAACGAAGAUGGCUAUGAUCGGAUGUCAGAUUGUGGCAAUGAACAAUGGAAUGGAAGUUAGUGUCGUUGUUGUACUGAUUGCUCAUCUGGAGUGUAUGCAACAAUUGAUUUUGUUGUUAUUCAGUAUUUGUGCUAUUGUGGGAUUACACCGUAACGAUAUGAGGAGAAAUAGAAGGAGGAGAGUAUCAGGUAACAUCUUUAGUAGGGCUAGGGUUAGGGAAGUCAACUUCCAUAGAAUAGUCCAUGUAAGUGACAGGGCUUGUAUUGAGAAUACAAGGAUGGACAGAAGGUGUUUCCAUAAACUGUGUUGGUUGGUGAAAACUGUUGGGGGGCUGGAGCCGACUAGACAUAUGGGUGUUGAAGAGAUGGUCUCAAUUUUUCUACACAUUUUAGCACACGAUGUGAAGAAUAGGAUAAUUAAAAGACAGUUCAUGCGAUCUGGUGAGACCAUUAGUAGACAGUUCUCCAAGGUGUUGCUAUCUGUCAUACGAUGUCAUACACUUUUAUUUAAACGACCAGAACCAGUUCCAGAGAACUCGACUGAUGAGAAGUGGAAGUGGUUCAAGCUUUGUUUGGGAGCACUAGAUGGGACACACAUCAAGGUCUAUCCCUUGCAAGCCGACAAGCCUAGAUACCGGACUAGGAAGGGUGAGAUAGCAACCAAUGUGUUGGGGGUUUGUUCCCAAGAUGGUCAGUUUAUUUAUGUUUUGCCUGGAUGGGAGGGUUCAGCUGCAGACUCAAGGGUACUCAGAGAUGCCAUCUCUCGUCCGAACGGUUUAAGGGUCCCUAAAGGGUACUAUUACUUGUGCGAUGCUGGUUACAUGAAUGGUGAAGGUUUCCUCACUCCGUAUAGAGGUCAGAGAUAUCAUCUAAGUGAAUGGAGACAUGGGGCACACCCAAGAACCCCACAAGAAUUCUUUAAUAUGAAGCACUCUUCCGCAAGGAAUGUCAUAGAAAGAUGCUUUGGAAUGCUGAAGGGUCGUUGGGCUAUUGUGCGAUCAAAGUCUUUCUAUCCGGUUAAUGUUCAAUGCCGAAUAAUUAUCGCAUGUUGCUUGCUUCAUAAUCAUAUACGAAAAGAAAUGGUUGUGGAUCCUCUAGACGAUGAAGAAGUGGAUCAAAUGCAAAUUGAUGCUGAUGUUGGAGGAAAUGACUUCAUCACUCACAUAGAGUCUUCUAAUGCAUGGACUGGUUCGAGGGAUCAAAUGGCGAAUCAUAUAUAUUCCAAUACAGCACCUGGCACCAUGGCUGAAGACAGCCAGCAGUCAACUAAACGCAGUUAUUCCAGUGUUGUAGAGAAGAUGAUGCAUCGCAAGAUACCAGGAUGUUCUUUGCGAGCUAGCCCUCACAUCACUUCUAGGGUGAAACUGAUGAAGAAACAAUAUAAUGCCAUCGCUGAAAUGGUCGGUCCUAAUGGUGGGAGUGGCUUCGGUUGGAACGAUGCCAAGAAAAUGAUAGAUGUUGAGAAGCAAAUAUUUGAUGACUGGGUGAAGUCUCAUCCCAAUGCUAAGGGUCUUUACAACAAGCCAUUCCCGCACUAUGAUGUUUUGGGAACUAUCUUUGGCAAGGAUGUUGCGACGGGAUCUUAUGCAGUGGGUGCAGACGAUGUAAUACACCAAAUGGAACGAGAUCCUGCCUUGUAUGGUGACAGUGGGACCCCUUUCGAAGAUUACCUAGACCUCACUGGUGACUAUAUCCCCACUCCUCUAGAAGAUCCUCCUAUGCCUGACAUCCCAGCGAAGAGAAAGGGUAAGAAAAGGCAAAGGAGUGAAGAUUCUUUCGUUGUUGAAAUGGUUGAUGUCAUGAAAGAUCUAACUCACAUAUUUAGCAAAUCAUCUGACAGCAUUGACAAAUUGGUGUCCUGCUUUCAACACCAAGCUGACGGAAGUAAUAGGCGAAUGUCAAUUAUGGAUGAGAUCGAGAAAUAUGAUUACUUGACUAGCCCUCAGAUGGUUCUCAUAGGUGUGCAGUUGGGUAGGGACAGAGAUUUGACGGAUAUCUUCAUGCAAUGCAGUGACGAAAAACGAAAGCACAUAUUGGCUGGGUUGUUGACUAGCUUUGAUCAAUAG